AUGUCUUCUGUUUUACAGGAUGACUAUAUCCCCUACCCACGAAUUGAAGAUGUUUUGGAGAAAGGUGGCCCAUAUCCCCAGGUAAUCCUGCCACAGUUUGGAGGUUACUGGAUUGAGGAUGUGGAGGCGCCAGCGGUGAGCCCGUCCUCCUCAGAAUCCAGUUUCUACGGGGAGGAGGAUGAAGGAGAAGGCAUGAGUCCCGGUGAGGGACACGGCUACCGCCUGGAGUGUAACAGCACAGCUCGCGCCUAUCGCAAACAUUUCCUCGGCAAGGAACACUUGAACUUUUACUGCACCGGCAGCAGCAUAGGCAAUCUCAUCAUGUCGUUAAAACACGAGGAGGCUGAAGGGCAGGAGUUCCUACGCAUCAUGCUCAGGUCAAGGAACAAAACCGUCCAUGACAGGAUCUCUUUAGCAGGCAUCAGCCAGCUGCCCAGUGUUCCCCAGAUUGCAAAGCUUCUAUGUGACGAUGCUACAGGGCUAAAGUUCAACCCAGUGCUGUACCCGAGGGGAUCCCAGUUGAUAGUAGCUUACGAUGAACAUGAGGUGAACAACACCUUCAAAUUCGGAAUCGUCUACCAGAAAUUUGGGCAGACAUCAGAAGAAGAGUUGUUUGGGAACAAUGAAGAGACGCCAGCUUUCAAGGAGUUUCUGAGCCUCCUUGGUGACAACAUUGAACUGCAAGAUUUUAAAGGGUUUCGUGGAGGACUGGACGUAUCCCACGGGCAGACUGGGUCUGAAUCUGUCUACACCGUCUUCAGACAGAGAGAGAUUAUGUUCCACGUGUCAACCAAGCUCCCCUUUACCGAGGGAGAUGUCCAGCAGCUCCAGAGAAAAAGGCACAUAGGGAACGACAUUGUGGCAGCAGUCUUCCAGGAGGAGCCCACACCAUUUGUUCCAGACAUGAUUGCCUCCAAUUUCCUUCAUGCUUACGUGCUGGUCCAAGUUGAGAACCCCUGCACGGAAAACACAACGUACAAGGUGUCUGUUGCAGCGAGAGAGGAUGUGCCUCCUUUUGGACCUCCUCUGCCUAACCCUGCUGUCUUCAGAAAGGGUCCUGAGUUUCGAGACUUCCUACUGACCAAGCUGAUAAAUGCUGAAAAUGCCUGCUACAAAUCUGAUAAAUUUGCCAAACUAGAGGGGCGAACGCGAGCUGCACUGCUGGACAACCUCCACGACGAACUUCACAGACAGAGCCAGACUGCCCUGGGCCUGGGCCAGCCAGGAGAGGAGGAAAAGCUGGAGAAUGGGGGUCACGGGGGUCUGCUGGAGUCCUUCAAGAGAGCCAUGCGUGUCAGGAGCCACUCCAUGGAGACCAUGGUGGGGUCCCACCGUCACCGGAGUCCAGGGGUCGGGGUUGGGGUCCCAGCCAGUGUGAGUGGAGGUGGACUGCCGCAGAGCAGCAGUGAAUGCACAAAGAGCACCUUUACUCCGCCUGUGUUGUCAGCCAAGUCUCCUCUGAAGAGUCCAGUGAAACGGCGCUCAGGCCUCUUCCCCCGUCUCCACUCCAGCACAGACACCCCAUCAGACAAACACACACGAAGUGACCAGAAGCCUUCAGAUAUCUGCCUGCUGACACAGGAAGUGAGGUCAGAGACAUCAUCCAAUCCCAGUUCACCUGAGAUCUGCCCAAACAAAGAGAGGCCGUUUGCUAAGCUGAAAGAGUCGAGUGGUGGCAGGCCCAACAUCUCUCGUUCUUCAUCCAGCACCAGCAGCUUCAGCAGCGCUGCAGGAGAAACUGAAGUUCUGGAAGAAUUAGAGGCAGCCAGCCAUCAGUCCAUAGCGUCCUCCUCUGCUUUUAGCCAGGCCCUCAGUGUGGACUGCCAAGGAUCAGGUACCCCUGUCAUUAUGUGUCGUAGUCCAACAGAAGGGAGAAGUAAGACUUCACCGAGGUCAAACUUGAAGUUCAGAUUUGACAAAAUGAGCCACUCAUCCACAGCUUCCGAGUAGUGUUGUGGAAUAGACGACAGGGACUUGAACGUCAAAGGGACAGCACACGCUGAUGGAGCUGCAAAGACAAAACCACAUGAACCACGACAACAACAAGAAGACUGCUUCCCUAAAGCAGGGAUAAUCUGACUAGAUAACCAAGAGCAAGAGUCCACAGACUCUAUAAACAAACUGACAAACUGUGACUGAAUGGUAAGAAUAAGCAGCUGAAAUAUUGGCUUUAUUUUUACCAACCUUUGGCUACAAAUGGAAAUCCCUUUCUUUGUCAUCAUAACAAGGAGCUGCAACUCAGCCGUCAGCUGUAGACAAAAAGUCCUAAAGUGAGUCUGAUAUUCUAAACCCUGGUUCAUACUUCUGUGCUGAAUCUACACCGUAGUAGCAUACCCCGCUGUAAGCACUAUAUACUUUUUCAUCGUUCUGUCCCUGUAGCAGCAAUACUCACCCUAAAUACUAGUCAGCAGUGCAACUAACAUAUCGCCCAGCCCUGAGCCAAUAGCAUUUCUGGCAGCUACACAAUGCAUUGGAAUAUCCACCUCAUAAACCUCAGAACAGAAAAGCAUUAGAAAUUUUGACUUUCAGACAGUUUGCAUGGAGUAAAGACAACACUCAUGCCAACAUCAAUCUAAGUUCCCAUGUUAGCUCACCAUAUCAGCUUUUCUACAUUGUCUGAUUCGAGUAGUGGGUCUACUUUGUAUGUGUGUGUUUUUUUGACAAUCAGAUGGUAACAGCAGCAAAAGUUUGUAGUUUAAGCCCACCCAACUGAAAACCAUUAACUUAGGCAGUGUGAAGACUGUGUAUCAGUGCUCUUAAAGGGAAUAGGCUCAGUGAUUGGUCAAUUUCUAUCCUAGUCCUGCCACUUUUUUCUGCUAGUUUGUGUAUAGAAAAAAAUGGUAACAGAAACCAUGCACAUUAUGUUAAAGUCAGAGCCGAUACAAACAAAGCAGGUGUUGAUCAUGUUUCAGUUAUUGCAAGGAAGAAAGGAGGGGCAAUGACAAAGAUUAUGAGCACAGCUGAGGCAGAGGAUGGAAAAAAUUCACAGGCAUAGAUGACAAUAGCCUUUUUUUAUUUUACAAUUUUUGCAAGAAGAUUUAAUUAAUUGCAUCAUCAUCUGCAGCUUUUUAUCCCACUCUAGAUUACACACAAUAGGCCUGUAGACAACUUCAAGACUGGCAGUCAUGUCAUGAUACCUAGUGGACCAAUCACAGGCCUUGUGGUCUGCAUUGUUUUGAUGCAUAGUUACAUAUUUGAGAAGAUGCACAUUAGGUUUUGUGCAAAGGCUUCUGCAAAGGUUCAGAGCUACGCAGACCUAUAGUGUAUGCUACGGUGUAGAUUCAAUCAUGAAGUACAACCCAGACUUAAAGGUGACAUAUCAUACCCCUUUACCACCUUUAAUACAGUCCUCUGUGGUCUAAAUAAAAUAUCUGUGCUGUGUUUUGUUAAAAAAUGUAUGGAUCAGGCUCCCGAGGAUGUUUGUGACCAUGUAUAAACUCCAACCCUCUCCUCUCUCUGACAGAAGUACAGUCUCCUAUGGUUGUGGGUGGAGAUACAAGGUGAGGAUGGGUAUUAUUUUAACGACUAAUCAUGUGAAAUUAAAAGCAGACUGUAAACAGACUAUCUGGUUUGGUGUUGUCAGACAAUGGCAGACCACACAGGGGACUGUGUAGGCUUAUUUCACAUUUUUGGAUCAGUAUACACUGGAUUCCUUAGGUGCAGAAGUACUAAAAAGUGUGUUUUUAUGAUAUGUCUCCUUUGAGAGAGGUCCAAACUUGACUUUAAGUCAUUCCUAAAAGCCUGAUCAUUUCAAAGAUUGCUAACAUGAGACGAUGGCUGAACUGUUACUCUCUAAAGCCUGGUACACUCUGAAAGAUCCUUUAACUGAUUUUAAAAGUGUGAGAGACGUCACACCUGACCACAAAUAAUGACAGAUUUAACCUUUUUGUCCUUAAAGGGUGUGGAGUGUGAUAGGGUUGCCAACUUUAUCUAACCUUGCAAAGCAGAUGGAUACACCAGUUUCCUUGUUUUUCACUGGCAAAUCCAUCUUGCAAAGCUCCCAUCUGAACUGUUUGGGCCCAGUUAGAAAGUGACAGGACCAAUCAGCA